AGAAAACACAUCACUACCGUUCGAGAAAAAACCUCUGGAUGAUAUUACUUCUCUGCUUUCCUCCACACCCAUGAAACUCAUCAUCCCUGCAAUUAAGCUUUGGCAUUCCAAUCGAAAGAGAACCCCCUUUAUAAUCAAUUUGGAGCCCCAUUUUCAAUACUCUAAUUCUUGUUGUUUCUUUUCCGAUCAAAGACAGUUCUACAUUGAAGACCCAAAGAGAAGACUGUUCUUAAACGCAGGCCGAAGAUCAAGCCUUUUCUCCAAUGGCGUCCACACCCGAUUUUCAAGCCGGAUCUUCGAUCAAAGCCUUUUCUUCAAUCGCGUCGACGCUCGACUCUCAAGCCGGAUUGAAGAUCCUGGAGGACAUAACAACGAAUGCUGCUCAAGUACAGCACCAGGUGUUGGACGAAAUUCUCAAACGAAACGCGAAUACGGAGUAUCUCCGCUGCUUUCUCAACGGCGAUUCAGAUAAGGAACUCUUUAAGCAGAAAGUUCCAGUGGUGGAAUAUGAAGAUAUCUCCCCUUUCACAGACCGAAUUGCGAAUGGAGAGCCGUCAAAUAUUCUCCUAGACGAACCCAUUUCCGAGUUUCUUCUAAGCUCUGGGACCUCUGGAGGGAAGAGGAAGUUAAUGCCUUCUACAGCUAAGUAUAUGGACAUGAAGUUUGUCUGUAGCCAACUGGUGAAUUUAGUGAUGAUUAAGCAUGUAGAAGGAUUGACACAAGGAAAAUGGAUGAACUUUUACUUCAUGAAACCAGAUUUUGAAACCCCUUCAGGGCUUACAGCAACAACAUUCAUGUCAAGCUUAAUCAAGAUAAUUCAACAGAAGUAUCCCCAGAAUAAAAUUUACACUAGCCCUGACGUUAUUAUCCGUUGUUUAGACUCCAAUCAGAGCAUGUAUUGCCAAUUACUUUGUGGUCUAAUUCAACGAGAUAAUGUUGUCACUACUGGUGCAGCUUUCGCAUCUACUUUCCUUGUUGUCAUUAAUUUCCUGGAAGAUCAUUGGAAAGAGUUGUGCUCAAACAUAAGAACUGGUCAUUUGAGUGACUGGAUUACUGAUUCUGGAUGUAGAGAUUCAGUCAAAUUGAUUAUGAGUGAACCUAAUCUGGAAUUGGCUAAUCUGAUAGAACAAGUAUGCAGUGCUAAGUCAUGGGAAGGGAUAAUUAAGAAGCUCUGGCCAAGAACAAAGUACAUUGGUGCUAUUGUUACAGGUUCUAUGGCACAGUAUAUCCCAACACUCAACUUUUAUAGCGGAGGCCUUCCUUUGGUUUCGCUAGUGUAUGGUUCUUCUGAAUGUUUUUUUGGGAUCAAUUUAAAUCCUCUAUGCCAACCUUCUGAUAUCUCGUAUACCAUCCUCCCUAACAUGGCCUAUUUUGAGUUCAUACCUGUGGAUACAAGCAAUGGGGCAGUUUGCACAGGGAAGGAGAAUAUUGUUGAUCUUGCGAAUGUGAAGAUUGGCCAAUUUUAUGAAAUUGUUAGCACCACUAAUACUGGGAUAUAUAGAUACAGAGUUGGAGACAUUGUUAAGGUAACAGGUUUCCACAACAAUGCUCCUCAGGUACAAGUUGUACGGCGACAAAGCGUUGUUCUAAGCAUAGAUAUAGACAAAACCACGGAGAAAAAUCUUUCGAAGGCAGUGAUGCAAGCUCAGCUCCACCUGGAGCAGCUGGGGUUCCUCCUAAUCGACUUUACUAGCUAUGCCAACACUUCUUCCAUACCAGGUCACUAUGUAUUAUUUUGGGAGCUUAUGAUGAAAGAAAGUACUAGUGAUGUUGGAGAGCUUAAUUCAGAGAUGAUUGAGCAAUGCUGCUACAUAAUUGAAGAAUCCUUGGAUGCUACCUACAAAAUAGUCAGAAAAGAGAAUUCUGCUGGACCUCUAGAGAUUAGAGUAGGAAAUCGGGGAACCUUUGAUGCAUUGAUGGAAUUUUUCAUCGCAGGAGGAUCCUCUCUAAGCCAAUACAAGACACCAAGGUGCAUCAAGUCUGAGGAUGCAAUUAAGCUGUUGGAUUCGCGAGUAGUAGGAAGAUAUUUCAGCCCAAAAACCCCUCAUCUCCUUCCUGAUGAAAUCUGAAGCAAUAAGGGAUCAUUUUUUUUUUCCUGAUCAGGAUUAAUCCUCACAUUUUUGUGCCAAGAAAAUUCUACUUUUAGUGAGAUUGGAGUUUUCUUUCUUGCCUUUUUUUUUUUCUUAAUUUUUUAAGAAAAGAAGAUUGAACUA